AUGGACGACAAUUUGAUCGAAAGAAUUGACUACAAUACUUUUGCAGAGUUGAAAAAAUUAACAAAUCUCAGUCUUCAAGCUACAGGAAAACCUUUGAAAAAAAUUGAAGAUGGUGCUUUUAAUUUUCCAUUAUUAAAAAUGUUAUCACUUCGUAAUUGUGGUUUCCAUUUUGAUCAUCUAUCACUGUCGGCACAAAAAAGUAUGCUGUCAAACUGCAAGGAUAUAAGAUUCCUUGAUCUUAGCUGGAACUAUAUUAAAUCAACCAGUUUGGAAAGGAUGAUAUCACAAUUGCAACAGCUAAGAUAUCUUAAUCUGGAAAACACUAGGCUGGUAUUUUUGCCUAGCAACGCAUUUCCUGACCUACCAGUCAUUGAAACGCUAAUCUUGCGCAUGAAUCGAAUAUAUGGAUGGGACAUAGAUGUGUUUGCUCAUUUGACAUCACUACAAUAUUUAGAUUUACGCCAUAACUUGAUAAAGAUAAUAAACGAAUCAUCUUUUCCAACUACGUUACUUGAAAAUUUAAAAACGAUUGGUCUAGGAACAAAUCAAUUUGCUUGUACUUGUGAGCAGAUAUGGUUUGUCAAUUGGUUAAGGCAUACCAAUAUAACGCUUUUAGAAUAUCCAAAACAAUAUUUUUGUACUACACCAGACAAUUAUAAUGGAAAAAUGUUGAAAGAUUAUAAGCCUUCAUAUUUGUCAUGCAACCCAAUCGUUACAAUUGUUACUUCAACGACUGCAUUCGUUUGCUUGUGUGUAUCGAUUAUGACAAUUUUCUUGAAAUGUAAUACAAAUAUUAAGAAUUUUUUAUACCUUCUCAAAGUUAAACAGGUUAGACGACAGGGGUAUCUUCCCAUUUUGAAUAGCGAUGAUUAUCAAUAUCACGCUUUUGUUGUUUAUUGUGAUGAAAACCGAAUGUGGGUUCAUAACGACUUUGUCAAAAAACUUGAAAAUGAGGAGGAAUUUAGGUUCUGCAUUCAUCACAGAGACUUUGAUGUAGGAGAAUCUAUAAGUGGAAACGUCGAUAAAUACCUUAAAAAGUCAUGGAAGGUUGUUGUUAUUAUUUCAAAUGCAUUUGCUAAAAGCGAGUGGUGCCAGUGGGAAGUCGAUAUAAUUCAGGAGAGAAGACGUCGACAAGGCAGAGAUGCACUUCUCUUAGUUAUGCUUGAAAAUAUCAAAUCGAAAAACAUGACAAGUCCUCUCCGUACUUUACUAGACAGUACCCCACAUCUGAGGUACAAAAACGGAAUAGGUGAAAACUUAUUUUGGAGUGUAGUAAUUGCAGAUCUUCGAAAACCCGUUGGACAACCCCCCGUUUCUGAAUUAUAGAAUGAACUUUAACUGUUAUGUGGUUAAAAUUUGUACCAA